AGCCAGAAUCGAAUGUCAUCAUGUCAUCAUGUCCUCUUAUUGUUGAUGGUUGUUUGCUUCAAGAUCCGCUGUGCCUUGACCCAGCCCUUCUUUCAUUGGUGGUCAUCGAUCGUGCUUGUGCCUGAACGAUCUUGCUUGAUGACGCGAAAGGGCUGAUCAGUCGGUUCUCAAUGCAGUUGCGGAUCGAGUUGCAUGUUGUAUGGUCCAAAGCCACAAUCUCAGCAAAGGCCCGGGCCCAGGACCCAGGACCGCGCCCAGGACCCAGGACCCAGGACCAGGCCCGCGCCCCAUGAUACGGUACGGUAUGCCGUCUGAUGUAUUGGUACAUCCACGAAGGUUGUACUGUACCUAGUACUAGUACUAUAGUACCGGUACAUGAUGCCUUCAUCUUGGCUUUAGUGCCCCCAAGACCCAUGCAUCAUUCCGUCAGCUCAAGCCUUCUUGAGGUUUGUUCAAAGUUCAAAGGCCCUGAUAGUUUGGGAGACCACUUAUUUACAUAAGCAAAGCACAAAGAAACUUCAAUGGUUACUUUUUUACAGCCUUGGAGGACAACACCCAUGGGGAUUGCAAUAUUGUUUGGGAAAUAUCACGUUCUCACAGGCGGCCACGACGGCCAAACUUUUUUCUUGGGAGCAAAUCAACGCCAAUGCCAAUUCUGUACAGAUAUACUCGUACAAGCAGUAUGCCUCCUCCCAGAGAAGCUUUGCCUUUGGGAAGAUCUCCAAAAUCCCAAAUGCACCCAACGAUGGUUCAAGAUUUCAAAAACCUUAGAAGAUCUCACAAAGAUCUUGAAUGACUUUUGGGUUGCUUGGCUGCUUCGAAAGCAUCCAGUUUGGCUCACAACUUAUUAAGAUCAAUCUCCAGAGAUUGAACAAGCAUCCAAAACAGAUCAGGAAGACGAACCAACAUUGUUGACUGUUGACCAUGAAGCUCGCCAUCUUUGCUGUGACCGCCGCUCUGCUCACCGGAUGCAGGGUGGCUGCCGGUGAGGAGCCCGAAAAAAGUGGUUUGCGUGCUGGCCGCAUGAAACCUGCUUCUUUGGCCAAGACUUUGGAUCUUCAUGACCCAGACCAUGUCGAGGAGGCCAAGGCAGACGUUAGUGGCGGAGUCCACCCUGCUGGCAACUUGAACUUCCACGGCCAUGGCCGGAACCUUGCAGACGGAUUCCCCAUAAAGUUCACGGGGGAUUCUCGCGGGUCGUGGUCCACCUUCAGGGGCUCGGAAAAUAGUGGAGAUUUUUAUUUGUGUGGCCUUGGGUUCCGUUGGGAUCCAGUUUGGCUAAUUGUGGGUUUGAAAACCUUGUAUUGCAGUAAUGACGUUUGGGAUGCUGGCAGUGACUGGCAAGUGGAGUACGACAAAGGGCACCACGAGACCCAAUGGGUUGAGAAAAAGUGUGAUCAAGGCUACUUCAUUAAUGGAGGAAAGCCUCAGAUUGACCCUGUGCUCAACAAGAACCUUCUAGGCUUUAAGAUCAGUUGCGCCAACAAGGCUGGAGCAAGUGUAUUCAAGACUGUUCGCCAACAAGAUGGUUUUGAUAGGGACAGCUGGCUGGGUCCGAAUACCUAUACUGGAAGAUUUGCUGCUGCAAUGAGAUUCAAGCAAGACAUUACCGUGUUUGAUAUUUCAUUCGAUAUGGUAGAGCCUCCCAGUGAAGCUUUAUCCAACAACCCUGUCAUAGGAUCCUGGGAAUCAAAAUCUUCGGGAUCUCCCUUCAACAUUUUUGAGCUCACGGAGUCGUUCUCGAGGACUGAUGGAAGGUCGGUAACCAACACGUUCGGGGAAUCGGUUGGUGCGGCAAUUGAGCAAAAACUAAAAGCGGGUGCUCUUGGCACCGGAACGGAAACGACAGUUUCAGUUUCAGCUGAAAUUUCACAUUCGCUGGCUAAAAGCGUGGAGAACACUCUUGAAAAGUCAGUCUCACAAACCUUCAGCGCCACCUGUCAAGGCGUUGAGGGCACCAAUAAAAAGAAGAAGAAAUUACACACACAAGGCGCUGAUGGCAGCUAUGCAGUAUUGUGGCAAUACGUUAUUACCCAAGAUCCAGACGCCGAGGGGUUGGGCUUUGACCUAGAAUCCACAUUCUUUGCCUGUACGCCAGGGCACAUGAUCAAGCCAAGAUGUGUUCCUGUGUUGUGCCUGGAUCUGGGGUGCCAGUUAUGCGACGGAGACGAGACCACGACCGACAGCGGAGGUGAUAGUUCUGGUAAAGUAUACGAGCACAGGAGCGGCAUCGGUGGUCUUGACGUGUCUAGUUCCCCUGAUGGCACAGUAUGGGCGAUCUCCUCGACACCAGAUGCCGGAACCAACAACUUGAUCUAUCGCUGGACUGGUGCCUGGACGAGCGUUGCUGGAUCUGCCAAGCGUGUUUCAGUCGGAAAUAGCGACAACAUUCUCGUGACUACAGCCCAAGGAAAGCUCUUCAAGUGGUCAAAAUCUUCGGGCGGCUGGGGACAUAUUUCUGUUCCAGAACCAGCACGUGAUGCUAGCAUUGCCGCCGAUGGUAUCAUCUGGAUGACGGCGAUUGGUUCAGGUGCACACGGAAAGAUCUACCGAAGGGCAGUCUCGGGUGUUUGGGAGACCAUUGCUGGGUUGGGAGAUCGUAUCGGAGCUGGAUCUGCUGAAAAGGCGGCUUUGUGCAAUGGACAGGGUUCGGUGUACAUUUAUAGAGACGCAGGAUGGAAACAUGGUGGUGAUUGCAAGCCAGGAUCGAGUAUUGAUGUGGACUCGGAUGGUACAAUUUGGAAGAUUAACGCAAGUGGCGCCCCCGUCAUGUCCCCUGAUUAUGGAGCCACCUGGAAUGCUCCCAUCACCGGCCAGACAGGAACGAGCAUUUGCGGAUCGAACAAGGACGGCUUCUUUUUGGUCACAGAUUCGUCGGAGAUCUGGCAGUACCACGACCCCACUCCCUAACCUCGCAGGUCAGCCUGAAGAAAGUACUGGUACAACCUGUGUAUAUUCGGCAACAAAAAACAUUGAAAUAAACAAAACCAAACAGCGAUCGAAAAGGAAAGCAACGAAAGAAAGACAGUAUACGUAUCCAACGAAGAUCCAAGAGAAGAAAGAUGCAUGACAAAGAAACCGGAACGAGGCAAGAGGCGCUGGAGAAGCCUGGUACCGGUACCGACAACAGUACGGUGCCGGUAUAUACUGUACAUGAAAUACAUAUAUUUUAUAGUAUUGAGCCAGAUUCGAUUCAGUCCUAAACGCACCAGCUGCUAGCUAGCUAGCUAGUAACGGUCCUGGUCCAGUGGGCACAUGCCUGUUCGACGGCUUCGAGGUUAACGGUGUGAGAAGAUCGAUUAUGGAUCUCACGAUUGCGUGUGAAUGACGACAACGACAGGAAGCAACGUCGGAUCCAGGCUAGCUCCAGUCUAGCCAGGUCUGUUUCUUGUGUACGGUACAUAUACCAGUCGAGUUCAUCGGAACAACUAAUAGAUUCAAGUUCGCUGCAGACCCGCCACGAUCACGAUAACACGGUCCCUGUAGUGUAGUAAUAUUAGAUCAAUCCCUUUGUUUCCCGAUUGGUCAAGUGUGAAGCCCUGGCCGUUCGAAUGGUGAUGGGUGUGAUUGCUUGUCCUUGUCCUUGUCCUUGUCCUGCACCUGCAGCUUGUUGCAUCUGUCUGGACUGCUCUACCAUUUUGUGCAGUACAUCGAAUCCAUCAAAUACCUUUCCAAUGCAAACAUUGUGCUUGCUGAAUUCGGUGUUGUCUUGAAGGUUGAUGAACACCUGGAGCCCCCCACCUGAGUUGUCGCUGCUGCCUUGAAGGGAGGGUUCGGACAAUCCCACUGUCCAUGCUUGAUGACGCUGUUGGGAUCGUUCAAUAAAGUCUAGUUUUGCCUGUUCUGCAACUUGUGUAUGUCCAGAUCCAACAUUCAUGAUCCGGUUGUUUUCUAGAUGAAUCUGUGCUCCAUCCCACUGCUUUUUAGAUAUUUGUUCGAGCCAUGUCCAUGCAGCAUGGGGUGUGUCAUGCCAUAGCAGAAUGGAAACCUUACUGGUGACUCCAUCCAUGACGACUUCCCAAAUGACUUGUACGGGUCCUUCUCCGAACUCGUGAACAAUAGAUCUGACGGCCGAGUGUUGAAUUCUGGCUUGCAGAGUGCGUACUUCAUGACUGAGUUCUCCGUCCAUUUCCCUGAGUUGUUGUAGCUGUUUGUCGAUCAAUGCAGAGUCAAUGCUGGGUGCCUGCUGCCCUUGGUUUUGUUGCGGUUGUUGUCUGUCUGCACUGUCAUUAAUGUUGUUGGGGUUGUUGGGUGGGUUUGAUUUGAGGUUGUCGAAUCUUUGUAACACUUGAUGCAACUGAAUGGACUGUUG